CGAAUAUUAUUUUUAUGAAUCUAACACACUGGGCUUCUGCUCUUCCUGUCCCUUUUUUUCUCACUUCUUCUUCUUCUUCCUCUUCCUCCUCCUCCCCAUGUCUCCUCCUUCCGUCCCUCUAUCUCACAUAUUAACCCGCUCUAGACUUGCUUUCUCAAAGCUAAACACCAACAAGGAAUCAAACACCAAUCUACCGCAACCUUCCGCCAGCCGAAGUGCAAUGACCUCCUCCACAACAACAACAACAACAACAACAACAACCUCCACCACUACUACUGUCAACGACAAAUCCAAUGAACAACGACCCACCAUGCAAUCCCGCUCUGCCACCACCGCCAACACGACAACCACCUCCAUCGCCUCCGCUCAUUCAUCAAAACAAAGCAACUAUUCCCAUUCCGCUCGAUUGAUUUUCAAACUCGCCAACAACCAUUUGUUCGGCCGAAGGGGCUAUCCAAAAGCACCUGCCCUGGCCAUUACCUAUCUUCGAAGAGCAGCAUCCCUCGGCCAUGCCCAAGCCGAGGGCGUGCUUGGCUUUUGUUACGAAUUCGGCAUGGGCGUCGACCGUGAUUUCAUUCGGUCCGAACGCCACUAUCUCGAAGCAGCCAAACAACAGGAUGGGCUUGCCAUGGCCCGCUUGGCGUUUUUAAGGAAAUACGGUCGUCCGCAUGUCAACAUUGAUCGUGCCGAGGCAGAGGAAUGGGCCGAACGGGUCCGUCGUGUUGCUCACACGAACCCGGUCUCUUGGAUUGUCGAGGCCGCCACGUUGGACAAUGACGCUGCGGCUCAAUAUGCCCUGGGCGUUUGCCAUCACGACGGCGUGGGCAUGGCCAGAGACGAACUCGCCGCUUUUAGGUGGUACAAGGCCAGUGCUGACCAGGGCAAUGCCCGUGGUCAAGGUAUCCUUGGUUAUUGUUAUGGCGAAGGCUUUGGCGUCGCCAAGGACGAUGUCGAGGCCAUGAAGUGGUAUCGCCUUGCUGCUGCUCAAGGUGAGACUGUUGCCAUCUAUAACGUUGGAUAUUGUUACGAAGACGGCAUAGGAGUCGAAAAAGAUGUCAAGGAGGCUGUCAAAUGGUACCGCAUCUCUGCAGAACAGGGCAAUGCCUUUGCACAAAACUCGCUUGGAUACUGUUAUGAAGACGGCAUUGGUCUCGAACAAGAUCUGAAGCAAGCUGCGAUCUGGUAUCAACGUUCUGCCGAGCAAGGCUAUCCUUGGGCUCAAUGUAAUCUCGGCUACUGUUUUCAGAAUGGCAUUGGCAUUACCAAGGACGAUGCGCUGGGCGCUCACUGGUAUCGCAAGGCAGCAGUCCAAGGCCAUGCCCGUGCACAGCAUAAUCUUGGCUUUUGUUAUCAGAAUGGCAUUGGCGUUGAACGUAACGAACAAGAAGCUGUCAAGUGGUACCGUCGUUCGGCUGAACGUGGUAACAUUUUUGCUUAUCAUUCGCUUGGUUACUGUUAUCAGAACGGUAUUGGCGUUACUGCAAAUGAGCAAGAGGCUGUAUUCUGGUAUUAUCUCAGUGCCGAGGAGAACCAUGCCCCUGCACAACUGUCACUGGGCUAUUGCUAUAGAAACGGCAUCGGCUUACCCAAAAACGAACAUGAAGCUGUCAAGUGGUUCAGACGAUCAGCCGAACAGGGCAAUGCGCUUGCGCAAAACUCGCUGGGCUACUGCUACGAAGAAGGAUUGGGACUCAAGAAGGAUCCAGCACGCGCAGUGUACUGGUACCACAAAUCAGCCCGUCAAAAGAAUCCAUGGGCGCAGUGCAACCUUGGCUUUUGUUAUGCCAAUGGAAUUGGAGUUGAAAAGGACGACCGUAAGGCCGUGUAUUGGUACCAGCACGCAGCACACCAGAACCACGCUCGAGCGCUCGACAAACUGGGCGUCCAUCUGCAAAACGGCACGGGAAUCGAAAAGGACCUUGGUGCCGCAUUCGACUUAUUUAAACGGGCGGCUGAACAAGAUCAUGUGGCCGCACAAUACCAUCUUGCCAAUUGCUACGAACGGGGUCUUGGCUGUGCCGUGGACCUGCAUCAAGCAAGCAUUUGGUUUGAACGUGCAGCUUUAGCUGGCUGCCGAAAUUCACAUGAGCGAUUACGACGACUGUUAUUCCGAGUCUGCUUAUGGUCGCCAGGAUCAUCUCCUUUGACCAUGAACGAAGAGGAUCUGAUCUGCUCAGGAUUCAUCAGUGGACACAGUGCGCCGGCCGCAUAAUAAACUUUGUUUUGACUUCUCCCUCAUCGUCCCCUUGCCAUCCUCUCCUAUCAAUGACACACGCACACACACACACUCACUCUCUCUCUAUCGCUCCUCGGUCUCCCUUCAAAGUUAAAAGCACCACAACGAUCCCUCUCUUAAAACACCCAGCAAAAUCAGCAUACACAAACUAAUUCCUCAUCCUUUUUCUUUCUUCCUUCUUCCGUCUUUGCAUAUCAAAUCUUUUCUCAUCCCACUCUAGUUCUUCCUUUUCUUCCGUACGUUGUUAUUUAUUAAGAAAGCAACGAAUAAAUAUCAUGUUUUUCUUUU